AUGACUAUCGUUUCAGGUUACAAAAAUUCAUGCAGAAGAUGGUUUGGUGUUAUGUGGCUAAUGUUAGAAAUGAAUCUAAUUGCUGGUACUAUAUUUGGUUUUGCAGCACUUUUCAAAAUAUUACCCGAUUAUGGCGUUUAUAAUUACUAUUGCGUAUCUACUACAAACAUAACAAUAGCAUCAUCAGGUCAAGAAAACUGUGAUGCUCAAACUCGACAAUAUCAAAAUGCAUUGACAUUAGGAAUUGCCUUCUUUGAUUUACCGUCUGUAAUUGUUGGUACUCUCAUAGACAAGUCUCGAGCAGUGGUGUCUGCAUUAUUUGCUGGUGCGACGAUAUCAUCAACAAUAUGGUUCUCCGUUUUCCAAAGGUUGAUUGAUGAUGGACGUAUAACCCUCGAACAUUUAUCAUAUAUUUGGAUGUCAUUUGGGUUGCUCAUGCUUAUCUCUUCGUUUCUGUUUCUCGAUUGGAAGUUUACUCUAUGGAAUUUACCCUAUGGGACUGAUGUAAAAUUGGAGCAACCAUCAACAAUACCGAGCGAAUUAACAGACAGAACGACCGCUGAAGUAAAGUGGUAUUCAAAGAUUUAUCAACGUACGGGUGUUUGGAGCCAUCUAUUAAGCCCUGUCUAUAUUUUGGUAGUCCUAUUUUUGAGCAUCUUACUACUGCCAAGCAUUUUGUUGUCUGUCACUUGGUAUCCAUGGGUGUAUUAUAUUACAAAUCAAAACACUUUGUUGGGUAAACUGUUCUAA